AUGGGAGGACUGGCGGCCGGGGGCGGCUCCCCGAGGCCCGGCGCGCUGCUCCGGGGCUGCCCCGCGCACUGUCAGUGCGAGCCCGACGGCAGGAUGCUGCUCAGGGUGGACUGCUCGGACCUGGGGCUCUCGGAGCUGCCCUCCAACCUCAGCGUCUUCACCUCCUACCUGGACCUCAGUAUGAACAACAUCAGUCAGCUGCCCCCGAGCCCCCUGCACGGCCUCCGCUUCCUAGAGGAGCUACGUCUCGCCGGAAACGCUUUGACAUCCAUUCCCAAGGGAGCAUUUGCUGGCCUUUACAGUCUUAAAGUUCUUAUGCUGCAGAAUAAUCACCUAAGGCAGGUACCCACGGAAGCUCUACAGAAUUUGCGAAGCCUUCAAUCCCUGCGGCUGGAUGCCAACCACAUCAGCUACGUCCCCCCCAGCUGCUUCAGUGGCCUGCAUUCCCUCAGGCACCUGUGGCUGGAUGACAACGCUCUGACGGAAAUCCCUGUGCAGGCUUUCAGAAGUUUAUCGGCACUGCAGGCCAUGACCUUGGCCCUGAACAAAAUACACCACAUACCAGACUAUGCCUUUGGAAACCUCUCCAGCCUGGUAGUUCUGCAUCUCCAUAACAAUAGAAUCCACUCUCUGGGAAAGAAAUGCUUUGAUGGGCUCCACAGCCUAGAGACUUUAGAUUUAAAUUAUAAUAACCUUGAUGAAUUCCCCACUGCAAUCAGGACACUCUCCAACCUUAAAGAACUAGGAUUUCACAGCAACAAUAUCAAGUCGAUACCUGAGAAGGCAUUCGUAGGCAACCCUUCUCUUAUUACAAUACAUUUCUAUGACAACCCUAUCCAGCUUGUUGGAAGAUCCGCUUUUCAACAUCUACCUGAACUGAGAACACUGACUUUGAAUGGUGCCUCACAGAUCACUGAGUUUCCUGAUUUAACUGGAACUGCGAGCCUGGAGAGUCUGACUUUAACUGGAGCACAGAUCUCAUCUCUUCCUCGAACUGUGUGUGAUCAGUUACCUAAUCUCCAAAUGCUAGACCUAUCUUACAACCUGCUGGAAGAUUUACCCAGUUUUUCAGUCUGCCAAAAGCUUCAGAAAAUAGACCUGCGACAUAAUGAAAUCUAUGAAAUUAAGGUUGACACUUUCCAGCAGUUGCUUAGCCUCCGAUCUCUGAAUUUAGCUUGGAACAAAAUUGCCAUUAUUCACCCCAAUGCAUUUUCUACUUUGCCAUCUCUAAGAAAGCUGGACCUAUCAUCCAACCGCCUGUCGUCUUUUCCUGUAACUGGGUUACAUGGUUUAACUCACUUAAAAUUAACAGGAAAUCAUGCCUUACAGAGCUUGAUAUCAUCUGAAAACUUUCCAGAACUCAAGGUUAUAGAAAUGCCUUAUGCUUACCAGUGCUGUGCAUUUGGAGUGUGCGAGAAUGUCUAUAAAAUUUCCAAUCAAUGGAAUAAAGGUGACAACAGCAGUACAGACGAUCUUCCUAAGAAAGACGCUGGAUUGUUUCAAGUUCAAGAUGAGCGUGAUCUUGAAGAUUUCCUGCUUGACUUUGAGGAAGACCUGAAAGCCCUUCAUUCGGUGCAAUGCUCGCCUUCCCCAGGCCCCUUCAAACUCUGCGAAUACCUGCUGGGGAGCUGGCUGAUCAGAAUUGGCGUGUGGACCAUCGCGGUCCUGGCCCUCACCUGUAACGCCCUGGUGGCCUGCGCCGUGUUCCGAGCCCCGCUGGGCGUGUCCCCCAUCAAGCUGCUGAUCGGGCUCCUGGCGGCGGCGAACCUGCUGACCGGGGCGGCGAGCGCGGCGCUGGCGGGCGUGGACCCGGGCGCCGCCGGCUACGCGGUGGCCCUGGUGCUGCUCAACGCGCUGUGCUUCCUCGCCAUGACCGUCGCCUACACGCAGCUCUACUGCGGCGCGGACAGGCCGGGCGCCGAGGCCGCCUGGGACUGCGCCAUGGUGCGCCACGUGGCCCUGCUGCUCUUCACCGACUGCGCGCUCUACUGCCCCGUGGCCUUCCUGGCCUUCGCCUCCCUGCUGAACCUCACCUUCGUCAGCCCCGAGGUCACCAAGUUCAUCCUCCUGGUGGCCGGCCCGCUGCCCGCCUGUCUCAACCCCCUCCUGUACAUUCUCUUCAACCCCCACUUCAAGGAGGACCUGGGGGGGCUGGGGAAGCCUGCGCCGCGCUGGGCCCGGCCGAGGCGCCCGAGCCUGCUGUCGGUGAGCUCGGACGACGCGGAGAAGCGCUCCUUCCUAGCAACACACUGGAAGCCCCGGAUUUUACUCUUGGAUACUUCGACCCGUAACUCCUCUUCCCCACCCCCCACCAGCUCACACUGCUUUUAUGAGUACCUCAUUAAUCAGUCACCCAAAGUGAAUGCAGUGAGCUCGGUCUUCCGGAGCGGGUCACAUUCGAAAACCGAGGCACCCCUGUACUACCGAGUAUCCUCUGCUCUACAUCGUUUUACGUUUCCACCGCUGGGACCAGAGCUUCUGCCAGGUUGGGCCUCAUUACAGUAA